AUGCUUGAAAUCUCAAUAUUUGAACUGAGAAGCACAGUAACAGAACUGGAAAAAAGACUUAGAAGUAUUGAAGAUGAAGGUAAUGAAUGGAAAACCAGAUAUGAGACACAAAUAGAACUGAACAAACAGCUGGAAAGGCAAAUUCAUAUUCUUUGGGAGAAGAUGGAGCUUAUUCGUGGCAAUCCAGCAGAUAAAUUGUCCAUUGUUCGCACCUUUGAUCAAAUGCCUCUGGGUGCCUUAAAGGAGGUUCUUAAACAACUAGAAGAAGAGAAGAAAAGUCUCCAGAAUCAGCUAAAAGACUAUGAACUUAGACUGGAACAAGAAGCAAAAGCUUACCACAAAGCUAAUGAUGAGCGGCGCAUGUACCUCUCCGAGAUCUUGCAGACCUCAGCUACACUUAAAAUUGGUGAAAGGCAAAAACCAGAUGCUCUGACAGGCAAGGGAGAAAACCAGAUACUGAGAGCGAGAUACAGUGUUCCAGGAAACCCGAAGAUGGUUAAUCCCCCAAAAGGAUCAAUUAAAAAGGCCGUGGGAGUGAAGCAGCUUCCAAAACUAAAGCACUGAUUUAAUAUUAAUGCCAAGAACUUCCAAUCACUUUUCAAAAAAUUUAAUUUAACUGAAAGUUUCUAAAUUGAAAAUGAAUGCAUUGGUGCCAUAUUAUAAUACCAAAGCCAGAUCGGCGUGUCUUCUUGGAAGCCUUAAUGUAGGUGUUCCUCUGCCUAACAGAAUUGUUCUCCUAGUUUGUUCUGGUGAUCUCUCACCCUUUCCAUUCUGGUUCUCAUCAGUGAUUCUGGGUGUCAGGGAGUUGGAAGCCUUGGAAAACAUUUCAUUUCUUUAUACACUAGGUAGAUCCUUGAACUCUUUGACUGCACAGCAACCAUUGAAAACAAACAAGCUUCUAACACUUUUGACCUCUCAACCAACAGGAAGAAAAAGGCAGAUUGAUGUAACCUGAAAUAUUAUCUCACUGCCCAAAACAGUAAAUCUCAGAUAAAAUUCCAUCCAAGGGCAUCCCCGUUCAGUAUAGGCGCCAAAGAGAGACUUUUAAGUGGUCUGAUGGCGGUACAGCUGAGUGUGCCUUUCAUUUGGCUUUUAAAAAGUCCGGCAGCAUAGUUUACUGGCCAGUCUGAUUUCUUACAUGAUACCACACCAUAGAGUGCCUUUACAGUAUAAAGUUGUUUUAUAUUCCAUAAGCUUUCUUACUCUAGCAGAGAAGACAAUACACCUCCAAAUAAGAACUUUUUUUAAAACUGGCUUGCCACAGAUCCUGUGUUGACCACCACUUUCUGUUUGCGUGGUUUAGAAGCACAGCACCAUUUCCAGCUGCUUUAGCCAGUAGU